AUGGCUGUCCGGGACCGGGACGUGGAACGAUUCCUGGCUGAUGAACGGUUUAGCCGAAUCUUCACGUAUCCCGCGGAUCCUGCUCAGGGACGCCCCGAGGCGCUUCGCAUUUCAUACGCAGAUUAUGGAUACCAUAGUACGGAGAAUCCCCAGGUGCAAAAAGUCUUUCUUUUUUUCGGGCCACUUUUGGGGUCUCGAAUGCUCUUUAUAGCCAAGGAUGUUCUGGCCAAAGAAUAUGGAGUCCGUAUUAUCAACGCCGACCGGCCGGGCUUUGGCGAAACACCUGAUAUAAAAGCAGAGGGGAGGCUAGCUUUCUGGCGUAAGGCUAUAUUCGCAUUAUUACAACACCUACAGAUCCGCCACGUACAUCUAGGCGCGCAAAGUGCCGGUACGGUAUACGCCUUAGAUUUCAUAUUUCAUUACCCCGAAUUACUAUAUCCGGAUAAUGCCUAUCUUGCUAUUGGGGCUCCAUGGAUUCAUCCUUCACAUUCUCGAAUCUGGCAUAUGUCAGUAACGCACGCCCUUCCUAAGUCCCUGCUAGGACAAGUGGAUAAGCUUGCUUCCUUAUUCUCCGUCGUCUCCGCUCCCAUAUUGGAGACCAGCUUUGGGCUCACCACUGCUUUUGGGCGGUGGUUCGCUACUCAGCCAGCUGGAGAGGAUGCCGCUAUUACCGCCACCGAUCCGGCGGUAGCCUUUGCAGAGGCUUUGGAUCCAAAAUUAGCCGACUUUAUCUAUGCUAGUCCUAUCCAGGGCAUAUCUAACGAGUCGAUUCUGCUACUGCAGAGGACGCAGGGUGCAUCCGGAUGGGCGGACUGGGGAGAUUACGACACCUUAGUGCCUCGUCUCAGGCGCACCAUGGCUGAGAAGGACCGGUGUCUGGUUGUGGAGUGCUUUUUUAGCCAGACGGACUCCAUGAUUGGCGACCAUGGCACAGUCGGCCCGGAGUGGUUCAAAAGCUGCUGGAGCCGAGACGGCAAGGACGACGAUGCCAUCCAGUUCUCUUGCAGGGUCAUCAACGGGGCGGAUCAUAACUCAAUUUGGGCCACGCAGUGGGGUGUGGCCCGCGACGUAUUUAAUCGUAUCCGAGGAACUGGGUCUUGA